AUGUCCAAACACUUGGUGUUACUUCCGUGCCAUGCAAUCUGGAAGGGUGGUCCAACUACAGGAUUAGCAAGAAACGAAUGGCACUUGGUAGAUUUCCAAAUUGUGGGUCAAGACCAUCUCGUGUUCCGCGAUCAAAUUUUACAAAGCAUAUCCAUACUACAACAAGACCCUGACGCGUAUGUGAUUAUCUCCGGAGGUGAAACCAAGAAACAGGCAGGUCCUAUGUCAGAAGCACUAUCCUAUUAUUUGCUAGCUAGUGAGUUGUGCAAGGAUGAGACUGUGUUGUCUCGAAUCCACACUGAAGUAUUUGCCAGGGAUUCAUUUGAGAAUGUCAUCUUCCUGAUUUGCCGAUACUACGAGUUGUUCAAGAUGUAUCCUGACAAGAUCACCAUCAUUGGCUUUGAAUUUAAACGAGUGCGUUUUAUGACUCAUCAUUUACAGCAAGCGCUAAAAUAUCCCCUUGAUAAGGUGGAUUAUAUAGGACAUUCUCCAAAACCGGAAUUAUCUGAACAGGACACAAUUGAAUAUUUCAAAGACUUGGAAGAGAGUGAAUACAAGCAUGCAGUCAAACACUUUCAACUGGACUGGUAUGGAUUGGCCGACUCUCUUAACAAAAAGAAACUCGCAAGAAACCCAUUCAAUCGAUACCAUGGGUAUAUCUACAGUAAUCCAAGCCUCUCUGACUUCCUUCACGCCAUUCAAGAUGGCAGUACGCAAACCAACGAACUCAUUAGAAAUCUUAUAGAUCACAAUCUCUGGAUAAAUAACUAA